AGGGAAUCUGUUACUCGUAAUUUUAAGUACAAAUUGACAAGGAAUGUUUUUUUCAGCCCAGCAGGAGUCAGCUAUGUACACAUCACCAGACUUGGAGGAAACCCACUAACCCUCCUGUUUUCUUGUACAAAGUUGAAAAAGUGGCAGUUGGGAGGGGCCCUCGGAUAACUCUGGUGGCUCAUUCUGUCUCUCCCUUUGGAGUUGACCUAUGAAUGUGUUGGAGGGAAAAAUCAUCACACAGUCUCCUUUUAACUGUUUAAAUUACAGGGAGAAGAAGCUUUAAGAAAAAAGUAAAAAAGACUGUUCAUAUUUCCAUGGAAUUCCGCCUCCAGAACUCUCCAGCAAGAAAGAUCGAACCAAAAUGACAAAUUCUCACUUUGACUGUCAAUACUGCACAGUGUCACUUCUUGGGAAGAAGUUUAUGCUCAAGGACGGCAAUCCAUACUGCCUUUCAUGUUAUGAUCGUGUCUUUUGUAACUAUUGUGAGGAGUGCAAACAAGCAAUUGAAUCAAAUUCCAAGGAUCUUUGUUACAAAGGCCGGCACUGGCACGAAAGAUGCUUCAACUGUGCCAAGUGCAAUCACUCUUUGGUGGAAAAGCCUUUUGCUGCCAAGGAUGAGCGCCUGCUGUGCUCGGAGUGCUAUUCUAACGAGUGCUCCUCCAAGUGCUUCCACUGCAAGAAGACCAUCAUGCCUGGUUCCCGCAAAAUGGAAUUUAAGGGAAACUACUGGCAUGAAACCUGCUUUGUGUGUGAGCAUUGCCGACAGCCAAUAGGAACUAAACCUUUGAUCUCCAAAGACAGUGGCAAUUACUGCGUGCGGUGUUUUGAGAAGGAGUUUGCCCACUACUGCAGCUUUUGUAAGAAGGUGAUAACUUCAGGUGGGAUAACAUUUCGUGACCAGCCAUGGCACAAAGAGUGUUUUCUGUGUAGUGGCUGUAGGAAAGAGCUCUGUGAAGAAGAGUUCAUGUCCAGAGAUGGUUACCCAUUCUGCCUUGACUGCUACGACCACCUUUAUGCCAAAAAGUGUGCAGCCUGCACCAAACCCAUUACUGGUCUCAAGGGUGCCAAAUUCAUCUGCUUUCAAGACCGCCAGUGGCACAGCGAGUGCUUUAACUGCGGGAGGUGCUCAGUGUCCUUGGUGGGGGAAGGCUUCCUGACCCAGAACAAGGAGAUCUUCUGCCGCAAAUGUGGCUCUGGGGUGGAGACUGACAUCUAGAAGGAGAUGAUCCUUCCCUACCUAAAAUCCACCUUGCUUUUGUUCUCACUAAACCCAGAAGUUGGUUGAAGUCAUAUUUCUGGCUUAAGUUUUAAAAAAUUAUUAAUGUAGAGUUCAUAACAGAAGGGUUUGGCAAACGUCCUGAUUGAACUGUAUUAUAAGAGCACAAAAAAGCACAGUUUAACAGAAAGGAAUAUAUACUAAUUCACAAAGGCACCUCUCCUUGCAAAACACUGCACUCUGCUGUUGGAAACAUAAGAAAUUAUCUCUUUAUUGUAAUCAUGUAUAUGACCUAUACAAAGAAGUCACGGAUAUUAUUACUGAAGACAGAUGUUCUUCAAAGGUGCAGGGUAAAAACGAAAUUAAGAGAUCAAAUUAAAAGGCAUCAGUUUGCAUUCCCACCAAGCCAGUUUUACAUAAUGUGAUGUGAACAGUAGGGCCACAGGGAUCAGGGAAAACUGAUAAACAAUCAUCACAUAUAAGAAUUCUGUCGUUUUAUCUUUCUUUUAUUACUCACACAACGGACUUGGAACACCAAAACUGCAAUUGCCCUCAUCCAAACUGCUUCCAAACGCUGGUUGGUUCCCGAGUUUAAUCAAUGGAAUCUGAGGAUUGUAGGUGCUGUGGUUCUCAUAUAUUACACAGAUACAGUGGGUCCUCCCUAUCUAGGGAUUGUCAAAACACAGGUUUCAACACGUUUUGUGUUAAAUGCGCUUUCAAAGCCCACAUGAUUUUUCUAAAGACUUACUUUCUUUCAUGAAAGAAAAUGUCUCUUCUUUCAAAUGAGCUAACCAGAAUAAUCAUUGUCCCCAAAGGCAAACCUUUAAAGUAAAUAGAUCAUUAAAUCAUCACUUGUGGAAAUGAGUUUUAGGGAAGGGAUUGAGUGUUGGAACACGACUUUCAUCCAGAUAUCUAAAGGCAUAAUAGAAUGCAUAAUUAGCUCUGAGCCUCAUGCAUUCUGACUUCUAAAAUUACAUUGAUGAUUAAUGGAAGACCAUAAAAGUGGGCUUUAAAGACAGCUAGUAAUAAGAAGAACCAAAAAAGAAUAAUUCACAGCUUGUGAUUCAGGACCCAGAAAGCAGCAGAGUAGAGCCACAUGGGCUAUAAGUGAGCCCUCCCACCUUCCCCCCAUGCCUACGCCACGCUCCCCACCCACGCCGACCAUGCCCUGGAGGUGCACUCACAACCCAAAGCAGCCAUUCUACAAAUAAGUCCAUUGUAUUGGUCAUAAGGGAAGUAGUAGCCUUAGUGAAAAGUCUAGCUGUCCCUGGACAAUAUUUUUCACAUCAGGUGGGACAAAUGGAAAGCCACCUCUGCUCCCUUUUUCAGUCCACUUGAGUGGGGUAGAGGGAGGUCAGGAGAAGAAGCUCGCAAAGACAACAUUUUUAUGUAUCUGCUCUCAGAUUAUAACAUAGCAUUAAACUUUCUGAUUGAAAUCUAAUUAUAUGUUGUGGCUGAUUACCAUGAUUAAAAUAGCAUCACAGGGGAUCCAAUUAAAAUUGUUAUGGAAACACAAUUUUUGGAAUAGUUUAAAAUGCAAGGACAUUUGGAGAUGCUAACAAUUUAGAGAUACUAAUAAAAGGUCAGGCUACAUAUGUUAUUUGAAAAUAGUAAUUGUCUUUUUUUUUAUAUUAACAAUGCCAAGGUCUUUUUUUCACAUUCACUUUAUAAAAUGUAGGGACAGCUAUCAAUUUUUUCCUUAUUUGUUUGAAAUUUCACAUAACAAGGAACAAAAUAUGCCAAUUUUUCUAUAACCUAGAAAACAAUAAAUCAUUACAUAUUUAGAAAGCCAAGGCAUUCUUCUAAGACUGGAUAGAUUCACAACAUGUAACAUUGACUCAGUUAACCAAUUACAUAUAAACAUACAAAAUGUAAUGUUUUCUUAAUUAAACAAUUGGUAUUAUUGGGUCAUUUUGCUGCGUGUAGGGGGUGGGAUCAGGCUUGAGUGGUAGUGGUACUGAGGCGAGGGGAGGGGCGGCCAGGCUUUGGAAAUGUGAGAAUGUCAGAUAAACAUCCUUCCCCACAGCUUAUGAAAAGUGUCACAGACCUUCUACUAUAAUUGAUUUUGGGUCAGUCAAGGAAAAAGUUCACUAAAGGACCCAUUUAAAGAUGGAACUGACAGCCUGGAGAAGCAGGGGGCUCCCAUGGAUUCAAAGAGCAGCAUCUGCACAGGCAGGAAGCAGAAGCAAGUCCUGUGCUAAAAACAGCCUGAUGGCCGGGGCACAACAGAAACUGCCCCAAAGAGAAAGGGUCAGAUGACAGGAGAAUGUUAACUCUCCUUUAAGUUUUAUAAAAGGUUUAUAUUUGACAUAAAGUGCAAUAGAAAGUUAUCAACUAUUCUUAAG